AUGGCCGUUUUGGCAGCGACGAGAGUGGGCAUUGUUGAGCGAAAGCAACGAAGAAGAGCAACUACAAUUUGUUCCUACUGGCUGGCCGGACGAUGCACCAGAAACCCUUGUAGCUUCUUCCAUCCACUUUCUCAAUCUCCUUCCCCACCUCCUCUAAUCCCAAAUAAAGGCCCCCUUGCGGUUUCUGAUGCCCAUCUGCACAAAUCCACCAAACGGCCAUCGCUGGUUUCUUCUUCUUCUUCCUCCUCUCUCAGGCCCUGUGAGUACUGGAACUCCGGCAAUUGCUUCUACGGCGAUCGCUGCCGCAACUUACAUUCGUGGUUCCGCGGCGACGAUUUCUCGAUUUCGGCCAAACUCGCCGGUCACAAGAAUGGUAUCACUGGCAUAGCCCUUCCUCAAGGUUCCGAUAAGCUCUUCACGGGGGAUAGAGAUGGCAAUUUAAGGGUUUGGGAUUACCGUUCUGGUAAAUGCACCCAAAAGUUCGACCUUGGAACUGAAAUUGGGUGUUUGAUCUGUAAAGAUUCGUGGAUUUUUGUGGGUACUGUGGAUUGCGUUAAGGCAUGGAAUUUCGAAACCCAUUUGGAUUUCAGUCUCAACGGACCUGUUGGUCAGGUUUAUGCUCUUGCUGUUGGUCAAGAUACCCUUUUUGGUGGAGCACAGAAUGGAAUCAUAAGCUCCUGGAAGCUGUCAGAUACAGAUAGUCUUGGUUUUCCAUUAACUGGGUCUCUAGAGGGCCAUACUUGUGUUGUGACUUCGCUUGUUGUUGGUGACAAAAGGUUGUUUUCUGGGUCCAUGGAUCACACCAUUAGAAUUUGGGAUACUUGUAGUUUGCGGUGUAUUGGGACACUGAAUGGGCAUUCUGCUCCUAUUAUGUCUGUGAUUUGUUGGAAUUGUGUCUUCAUAUCUUGUUCCAUGGACAAAUCAAUCAGGGUUUGGUCAACAACCAAAAAAGAUGGGAGUGUGGAAGUAAUUUACACCCAUGAAGAAGAAUUUGGUGUGCUUUCACUUUUCGGGAUCCACGAUGCCAAUGACAAACCCAUCUUAUUCUGCUCUUGUGAAGAUAAUUCUGUGCGGUUGUAUGAACUGCCAUCUUUUUUGGAGAAGGGAAGGCUUUUUGCCAAACAAGACAUUCGAGCCAUUCAGACAUCUGCUAAUGAUGACGGGCUUUUCUUCACUGGGGAUUGUACUGGUAUGCUGACCGUGUGGAAGUGGCAUAGAGACCCCAAGAAGGAGGAUCUUCAGAAGUGA